CCGUGGAUCUAAGGACUAUAAUGUCAAGCAGAUUCAGGAGAUGCUGGGCAUUGGGUCAAACAUCCGCAAUCAGGCUGGAGCGCCCGCCCAGCAGCAGCAGCAGCAGCAGAUGCCGCAGCAGACGUACGGUGCCGAGCGGUUUGUGCAGCCUGUUGAGCAGUGCGAGUUUACCCUGACCAGCAUCCUAGAGCAGCUACAGCGUGACCCGUGGCCCGUGGCCAACGACAAGCGCCCUUUGCGCUGCACGGGUGCUGCCAUGGCCAUUGCCGUGGGCAUGAUGGAGUCGGCGUUCCCCAAUGCCGGUGGCCGCAUUAUGCUGUUCUGCAGCGGACCCGCGACGCAGGGUCCCGGCAUGGUUGUUGGCCCUGAGCUCAGGGAGCCGAUGCGCAGUCAUCAUGAUAUUGAGAAGGAGGCGGACAGACACUACCGCAAGGCCAUCAAGUUCUACGAGGCACUCUCCAAGCGGUCAGCGGGGUCCGGCCACGCCAUUGACAUCUUCUCCGGCUGUCUCGACCAGGUCGGCCUCGCGGAGAUGAAGUCCCUUGUUAACUGGACUGGCGGGCACAUGGUGUUGACCGACUCGUUUGUCACUGCGAUUUUCAAGCAGUCGUUCCAGCGCAUGUUUGAGAAGGACGCCAAUGACCAGCUGCAGAUGGGAUUCAAUGCGACGCUUGAAGUGCAGACCACAAAGGAGCUUAAGGUGUGCGGCAUGAUCGGCCCCGGCAUCUCGGCGAACAAGAAGUCGGCCAUUGUGUCGGACACUGAGAUCGGUAUUGGCAGCACGUCGGCGUGGCGACUGGCAACAAUCAACACGCACACCACGGUAGGAAUCUACUUUGAGGUGGCCAACCAGCAGAGCCAGGCACUGCAGCCAGGCAGCCACGGCCUGAUCCAGUACGUGACGACGUACCAGCAUUCGAGCGGGCAGUACCGCAUGCGCGUGACAACCAUUGCGCGCAGCUGGGCCGAGGGAUCGUCGCCCGAGAUCCCGGCGUCCUUUGACCAGGAGGCCGCCGCCGUCCUGAUGUCCCGCAUUGCCGUGUUCAAGUCAGAGGUCGAUGAGACCGCCGAUGUUCUGCGCUGGCUUGACCGCAUGCUCAUCCGCCUGUGCCAGAAAUUCGGUGAAUACCGCCGCGAUGACCAGGCCAGCUUCCGACUGUCGCCCAACUUCUCGAUCUACCCGCAGUUUAUGUAUAAUCUGCGCCGCUCGCAGUUCCUACAGGUGUUUAACAGCUCGCCCGACGAGACGGCGUUCUACCGUCACUGCCUGUUCCGUGAGGACACCAACAACUCGCUUACGAUGAUCCAGCCCUCGCUGUCCUCGUACGGUUUCGAGGGUCCCCCAGCGCCCGUCAUGCUCGACUCGGCGUCGAUGAAGCCUGAUGUGGUUCUUCUGUUGGAUACGUUCUUCCACAUCCUUAUCUGGCACGGUGAGACUAUUGCCGAGUGGCGCAAGGCCGGGUACCACGAGCAGCCCGAGUACGAGAACCUCAGGCUGCUGCUGGAGGCGCCCGUACAGGAGGCGCAGAACCUGCUGAUCGACCGCAUUCCUGUGCCACGCUACAUUGUGUGCGACCAGAAUGGAUCCCAGGCGCGCUUCCUCGUCAGCAAGCUCAACCCGUCGACGUCGUACAACAGCGCCAACCAGUAUGGCGGCGGCGAGGCCGUUCUCACUGACGAUGUCAACUUCAACUCGUUCCUAUCGGCGCUUAGCGGCCUGGCCGUGAAGGGUGGCUCGUAAAUAGAUGGUACGAGAGACCUUUUGAGUGCGCUUCACCACACUUUUUUUCAUCAAAGUAUUUGUGAAAAUAUAAUAUUUAAUCGACAA